AUGGGAACGAUCCAAGGAUUUUUCGCCUUCUUCGGCAGCAUGUCGCAAUUCGUAGUCCCUGUAUUCGCUACGAAACUCUUCGAAACGACCGGCUACAAGUACAUUGUCUCGUAUCAUCUACUGAUGAUUGUCACUGGUGCCGUGGCUGCGUAUCUUCUUCGAAAGCGACUUACUCCCUUGCAGAUGACUCCUACCGCAGGCAAAGCUACAAAAUUCAAACGCGGUACUUUUUACAGGAUGUGA